AUGCAGCAGGAAGUGGGCAUGAGGACCUUCGAAGCCAGGCUCAGCCGCAACCUCUGGAAUCGUGAAGCCCAGAAGAAGUUUUACGGAGAGCUUGGGAAGGUCUACGAGCAGCAAGCCUUGAAACUGCAUGAGAUGCGGCUUAGCUACUACAGGGAACUGGACCACCUGCGGGAUCAGCUGGGUCUCAAGUGCCGUGGCCGCACCUUCACCAUGAUGGAGGACGUCCACUUCUUCAACCCAGAGGCCUAUCGCAUCCCCACCUGGCGUGAGAUUGCAGACGUCCUGGAGGUCGAGCGACGGCCUGUUGGAACUGGAGCAAACGAGAAGCUCGUGAAGUAUGUGCCAAUUCACGUCCUGUGCAAGGCCUGCCGCGCCAAGUUCUCCGAUGAUGUGAUCCAGGAACCCAAGGACGUAGGGGUGCAGGCCCCGGAGCCUGCGCCGCAAGAGGAGUGCGAAUGCUCUGGAGAGCCGGCAGCGGGCACAGAGGAGCCGGAGGUGGUGCCCCUGGGCAUCAGCCGCUGGGCACAGACAGACCUCUCCAUGGCCCAGGAGGGCGAGAUGGAGAGCCGCGCCUCGCAGACGGAGCCGCUGGAGUCGACAGGGCCCGUCUCUUCUGGGGCCGCGGAGGCCUUGGAAGCUGCCGAGGACGAGGAGAGCCCAGCCGCUGAGGCGGAGGAGGAGUUUGCUUCAAGCCAGCACGAGGCCGACGUUUCAGAGGAACCAGCCCUUGGUGAGGAGGAGUUUGCUUCCAACCAGCCCGAGGAGUACGUCCCUGCUGAGGAGGAGCUUGCUUCAGGCCGACACGAGGCAUCCCUUGAAGCGAGAACGGCGGGGGUAGCCUCAGCCAAGCCUGCGCGCCACGGCCACGGUCGGGCCUCUGCUGAGAGGAAAGAGACGUUCGACCUCGUCUUCGACGACUUUGAGCCCGUCUGGGCCGCGGAUCCAGACAUGGAGGAGCCGCUCCCUCCGCACCUGGCGCCCCGGCGCCAGCGCCGGGCAUCGGAGCCCACGAGCCGGCCGGGGCGGCAACGGGGAAGAGGCCGUUGCCCGGUCUCCCUUCUCGACGUGCCGGACGUGCCCACCAGCAUGGCAAGCGGCAGCGAUGCCGAAGGCAUAGGCAGCUGGCAACCUGACGCUGGAUUAGACCUUUGCCCGGACGAACUUCUUGGAGUGGGAGGUGUCCAGCUGCAGCGGGGUGUGGACCAUGAGGAGAGGUCCGACAGCGACACGGAGAGCCUGGGCCUUCCUCUCACACUGGAGGAAGGCCUUCACGAGCUCGCCUCCGAUGAGGGGGAGGCGUCCACGGAGUCCGCAGACGCCACUACCAGCAGAGAGUCCGCAGAAGGGGCUGCCGUAGAAGGACCCACGAGCUCCCGCUCGAGCGCGCUGGCCACAUCCCAGAUUCAAAUUCGGCUAGAUGCCUCCCAUGGCGUUGAUCUUCGAGACUCGCGGCCUCUCGUCCGAGGUCAAGUUUUGGCAGAUUCCAGUGGCUGUGGCGCGGGCCAAUUCCCCUGGGAGGGCCGCGAGAGCGCCUCGCAGACGAAUGCCUUCCGGUCGUCCCGGAGGCGCCCCUCUCUGGAUCCAGCUACGCCGGAGCCGCGGCGGCGGCAGAGCGCAGUCGAAGCCGGCACGACCCUGGUUCGCGAGCCCACACGAGCCCGGCGAGCAUCUUCCAAGGAUGCCAGUUGCGCCAGCUGCCCACUCAGCGGGUUCCGCCCGGGCAGAGGGGAACAGCAGAUCCGAAUUCGUAGCUUCAACUUCGAGAUGGGUGAUGCCACGGGGUCGGUGGCUCUGGAGGACACACGCAGACCAAGCCCAAGGACGACGUUCCUACCCCGAGUUCAAGUGCCCAAAGCGAAGGAACUUGAAGCCAAGGUCUCCCUGGAGGCGGACCGUGGCCCCCUGACGCCCAAAGAGCCGCCACCUCCGGAGCCGCGAUCGGAUCGAAGCUGCAGCCCAGUGUCUUCUGAGAACCGAAGCUUGAGUCCCCUGGCUCCGCCGGCGAGCCUUCAAAUGCCUGUGCGACCGGCCCCGGCUGCCCCACAUUCGGCGAGGGGCCGGCACCGACGCACAUCUUUGACCGUGCCAUGCUCACGCGCACCUGCCACCAGCAUGUCGCUGAUCAGCGGCGAGGAGCCUGCAGAGAGUCCCCACGCGCCAACGCACCGAGGCUUCAGCACCAGUCUGGACCUUCGUGCAAGCGGACCAGCAGAGUCCGUCGGAAGCGGGGAAGAUGCCGCGAGCAUGUCCAUAUCUGAGCCACCUGGUGCCUCCUCUUCCUUGCCAGUGGCAAGGGACCGCCGGUUUCCAUCCCUGUUAACAGCCACCACCACCCGGCCAAAGACUGAGCAGUCUCCUUUGUAA